AAAAUCCAAGGCAAUGUAAGAGAAAAAAAAAACUUUUCACAUUUGCAAUCCAGCAUUCUGUAAACAAGCAAAACAUAUUAGCAUUAUCAUCCUUUUGUGUAAAUUAAAAUGUUUGAAUAAAAAUCGGAAGCAUUGCCCUUCAUAGUUAAAUUAAAUUUGUAAAUUUCAUUGCUGGACUUGCAUAAACGGAUACAAGAAAUGAUGAGUCGACGGACACGUGCCGCAACAGCAAAAUCAUCAACAAUGAAAGAAAUUAGUGGUGCAACAAAAAUUGAUGUGGUUGAUUUAAAUUUUGCCAGCCCAAAACGAAAAGACUGUAAAUUAGAUAUGGAUUUGGUAUCAUCGUCGGUGCAAACCAUGGUACAAACAAAUGAACGCACAGAAAAAUCAACAGCAAGUCACACCACUAACAAAGUCACAAACGCUGCCACAACAAAUGGUAAACGAAACCAUAAGAUGGUUGGCGGUGGUAAAACAAAAAAAGUGCCGCAAGCAAUUACCAAAUAUUUUCAUAAAAAUGGUCACAACGAUAGCAAUGGUUCAUUGAAUUGUUCUAUAAAUGAAAGUGAAACGUCGAAUGAAUCAAAUGUGAAUGUUAGUGAAACAGCACUGCCAAAUGGUGAUGUAAUCGAUGUGCAAAAGAAUGUUGACGCUGCCUUUGUGGUCGAAAAUGGAGAUAAGACAGUGCCUAUUCAAAAUGGAAGUGUUUUGAUGUCGCCAGAGGCAAAAUCACUAUCACAAAAUGGUGUGAAACAAACAACGCCACAUCGAAUUAUGAUUCGAUCAUCGCCGACAAAGAAACAACGACUCUACGUCAAAGAUCCAGUUGAAGUAUUUUCGAAUCUGAACAUUCGCGAUGGUGGCGUAAAAACUGGACGUAAAGGACAACAGAAAACACGCCGAAAGCUAAAUAUAACCGAACCUGAGCAAAUACAAAAUGGCACAAGUGACAAUGUUGAGGCUGCGGCAGAUGAUGUCAAACCUGUAGUCAAAGAGAAAGCAAAACAAAACAAAAACAUCACAAAAAGUAAUGGCGAAUCUUUUCCAGUGCCUACUAAUCCAGCACCACGUCGUAUUCAAAGCACACAACUGACUGAUUUCUUCCCGAUUCGACGGAGUGCACGAAAAACCAAAAAGGUGGUUGAAGAAGAAUUAUCACGGCAUAUCGAAAUGGCAAUCGAAAAACAACUAGAAGAUGGACUCAUUGUUAAAAUGUUCGCCGAAAAGGGUCGAGGUAUCGUGGCCGGUCGGGACUUUCAACGUGGCGAAUUUGUUGUGGAAUAUAUUGGUGAACUGAUUGAUCAGACGGAAGCCGAUUGUCGCGAAGAAAUUUAUUCACAAAAAGCCGAUUUUGGGUGUUACAUGUAUUAUUUCAAGCACAAAGAGCAACAAUGGUGUAUUGAUGCAACGUCCGAAACGGGCAAACUUGGACGUUUAGUGAAUCAUUCCCGCAAUGGCAAUCUAAUGACAAAAAUCGUGAGCUAUAAAAAUAAGCCGCACUUGGUGUUGCUGGCUAAAGACGAUAUCAAAGAAGGCGAAGAGCUGACCUAUGACUACGGUGAUCGUCGUAAAGAAGCGCUUAUUCAUCAUCCUUGGUUGGCUUUUUAGGACCUUGCAAACGAAUCCAUGGGCGACUUCAACUGCACGCCACAUGCUCCGGACUUCCGGAUGGUUAUGAGUUAAAAUAAAAUCUCAAUUUCGACCAUCGAUCAGACUAAAAAAAAUCGGAUUCAAUCAAGUGCUUUUACAUAAAUUGUAACAUAUUUUGUUAAAUUUAUUCAAGAUACUGGUUACUAUGCUUUAGUUUGUAGUGUUUAAGUGAGCCAAGCAGAGAAUUUAGCUGGAAUUUCUAUAGUCAAAUUUGAGGUAAACGUUCCAUAUUGGGCGCACGUUUAUUAUACAGUGGGACCGAAAAUUAUACUAUUUGAUUUAGUUGCAUUUUGUUAUGCUCUAACUACUGUACUUGUUUAUUUGAAUGUUCGAAAUUUUUCUAAAAUUCGUUUUUACUCGUUUAUCAUUUCGUUUGGAUUUAAGUUUAUUUAUCAUGCGCAUGAUUAGUUUUUAAGAGAAAAAGAAAUGUUUGCUCGCGUCGAGCUGUUUGAAGUCUAACUAUCAAAAUUUUCAUCGAAAUUUUUAAGAAGUUUUGUUAACAAAUUAAGUCACAUACACACAUCAACAAGUGUUCGAAAAUCAAAGCGAGAUUAUCAUAGCAACGCUCCUAAUAAGUACAAAAAAAUUCUAACCCAUAUCAUAUUCAAAUUCAUUUCCAAUUUAAUUGUUACCGAUUACAAUUUAUGUUUAGUUUUCAUAUCCCUUGACUUGUCAUAUGUUUACGUUUUUUUCUGCACCCAUUCAUACGGUAUGUGUAACAAAUGUUCGCCCAACAACGAUGUUCAAAUUCAAUAACAAAAUGCAAAUAAAAUUCAGCGUGACGCAUUAACAAUAUUAAUAAAA